AUGCCUCCACCAACAUCCAAGCCGGUUCCCGAAGACGAAACCCCGGAAGCCGCCAUCCACCGCCACUGCCUCGCCGGCAACAUCUGGCCCGGCACUCCCAAAGGCACCAUCACCACGCUCGCCGGACUCGAAACGUAUGUCGCCGGCAAUCAGAAGUCUGAGCUGCAGAUCUUAUUGAUUCAUGAUGCCGGAGGCUGGACGUGGAAGAAUUUGAGGUUGCUGGCUGAUGAGUACUCGGAACGUUUGGGUGGAGCAGGGGUUUGGAUGCCCGACUUCUUCCACGGCGAAGUCCUCACCCUCCAGCACCUCCUCGACGGUCGCUUCGACAAAGUCGACAUGCCCACCUUCACAACCAACAACAGCAAAGCCAACCGCCGGCACGAAAUCUUCGCCUGCGCAGCCGCUCUCCGCACCCAUCAGAACGCCACCAAAGUCGGCACCGUCGGCUUCUGCUUCGGCGGCUGGGCCGUCUUCCAACUCGGUGCGCAGAGCCUGCUCCCGGACGGUAGCGUCAAGGCCGCGCUCGACCUCUCAGAAGACGAGAAAGCAAGCGCUCGUCCACUAGUAGACGCAAUCAGCACAGGCCACCCAACCUGGCUGACGAAGGAGGAGAUCGAUCAGACCCGCGUCCCGACGCAGAUUAUUGCGCCGGAGCAUGAUUCUGUUUUCACGCCCGAGCUGAAGAAGUAUGCAAAUGAGGUGAUUCCGACGCUGGGAAUUGAGUACCAGUACCGCUACUUUCCUGGGCAGGUGCACACGUUCUGUAGUCGGGGCAGUCUGGAGGUGGAGGGGGAGCGUCGGGCUUGUGAGCGGGCGAAGGGGGCUGUGGUUGAGUGGUUCAGGGAGAUUCUUCCUCCCCAACUCGACCAUGUCCCAAUCCACCUCCACCACCACCACCGGACCACCCUCAAUCACACCAACCCUAUACUUCACCGGCAACGCCUCGAAGCCGCGAAAUACUGGACCUCGAUCUUCCCUUCCUCCUACAUCAACUCCACCACCAACUACCCGAACGACCCUUCCACGCCAAUCAUGCUCAGCUUGACGCUCAUGUCCCACAUUGAGCACCCGCUGAACCUACUCCUGCUCAACAUUCCCGCCGACCAAGCGUCUCGCUUCCCUUGGAAUUUCAACGAGUCGUUCUCCCUUACCGUCGCGGUCGAUACGCAAGAGGAGAUUGAUGAGUAUUGGGACAAAUUGGUAGGCAAUGGGGGCGAGGAGAGGGAGUGCUGCUGGUGCAAGGAUAAGUUUGGGAUGUUCUGGCAGAUUGUGCCGAGGAGGCUUGCGGAGGCGAUGGGCGGGGGCGGAGAAAAGGCGAGCAGGGCAAUGGACGCGAUGUUGAAGUGGAAGAAGGCGGAUAUUGGUGAGCUGGAAAGGGCUAUCGAAGGGCUUUGA